AUGACGAGUGCAGGCACUCAAGAUGCGGGCCCCAUCCACAGUUCGUACCUGCCCGGAUACAUCUUUCUCUCAUAUGUGAUCAGCUCGAUGGGAUGUGCAACUACGCUCGAGCUUCUGCACCGCAGGACAUCAAGGUCCGGAUUCUACAAUUGGUAUCUACUCCUUACCUCCUCUAUCACCAUGGGUGGCAUUGGAAUCUGGUGCAUGCACUUCAUCGGCAACCGCGCCAUCGUCCUCGGCGACGGGGCACAAAAUAUCCAGAUCCUGUAUAAUGUGGCCUUCACCGGAACAUCCUUCGUACUUCCUGUGGUUGUACUGCUUGCCGCCUUCUAUUCCAUUGGUGUCGAAGAGAGACCGACUUACAUUCGUAUCUUGAUCGGAGGCUUUCUCACGGGAAGCUCAGUCUGCGGUAUGCACUACGUCGGCCAACUCGGAAUUGCAAACUACAGAUGUGCGUACAAGGUCGCCAACGUCGUCGGAUCUGCAGCCAUCGCUAUUUUCUCCAGCACUGUAGCUCUGGGAAUCUUCUUCCGGUGGAGAGCAUCAUGGACUGAUAGUUGGUGGAGGCGAGGUAUCUGUGCCUGUCUACUUGCUGCCGCCGUGUCGGGCAUGCACUGGACAGCGGCGGUUGGCACGAUCUACACAGAACGUGUCGAGUCGAUCAAUCAUGGAACCCAGUUAUCUCGAAGCCAGACAGUCAUUGUCUGUGCUGUGCUAGCUUGCGUGGCCUGUGUUAUUCUCUCCGCAUGUGCCAUCGUGGCCGGUGGCAACCGACGACGAUCGACUACUCGCGCACACCAGCUCGUCCUCGCCUGUGCCUACUUUGAUCCCGCCGGUCGAGUCAUGGUCACUCCACAGGCACUCCUGCCACUUCGGAAGGUCGUUGAUCACUAUAUCGGACGAACUUUCAAAGAUGACGACCUGACACGCACCCACCCUACCUUCCUCUGGGCCUUCCGGGCAAGUCGAAACUGGCCCGUUGUGAAAGACCUAAUCCCCUUUAUGCGAAACCGUUUGGAAUCCGAACAACGAGCCAUUCGAAAGCACGUUGUUACUCGUGGAGUGGUCAUGGACAAGGAGACGGAAUUGCAGACCGACUUUGAUACCCUGUUCAAGCAGCUUUUCUGUGUUACAGCCCAGGAAAUUUCCGACGAACUUCGACAACCGCUGCAAGACCUGGGAACGCUUUACGAUGAUGUUCUUUCGACGGCUAUCCCCGUCUCGCGACUUUCUCGGGCCAUGGGCCGUUCGUCGCUCCGCACAGGCAAGGGCCAGCUCAUGUUUAGCGUUCGACAAAUUCAGAAGCAUGAAGCAACUCGCUUCGCCUCGAUGGGCUUCCGGUUCGCAACUAUCGAGCAUGUCACUUCGGCGCUCUCCCGUCGUAUUCAUGUCCCCGAAACGACUCUCCUCGAGCGCCUGCGGGAUAUGCGCGAUUAUGCAUCCUCCAACCGUACCUUCGGAGAGGGUGUUCAUCUCAUCUCGUUUGUGAUGCGUCCCACCGUCGCCGACCAUUUCGAGAUUCUCACCACGAAGGGCACCGGCAACCCACUGCCAUCCACCACAUUGCCGAUGAAACGUCUACAGGUGCAGCAUCUCGACCUGAUUUCUCAUAUGGAGGGCUGGUCCAUGAACACGUGCUUGAAAUAUCUCUCGUCGCCACCUGCUAAGCAGGACGACCUCGCCGUCGACGAGUUCCGCCGACACCUCGUGGAGGGAAUCGCCUCUCUCGCAGAAACACUCCCGGAGGAAAUGCGUACAGCCGCGCGCUUCUCUGCACGACCUCUUGUAACGCCAUGCCGCACCGCAAAUCGACUCUCCGAAGAAGACCUCAAAUCGCAACAUUGCACCCUCCUCACAUUCUGCGUCGUCGGCACUCUCGACACACAGGUCCCAAACACAGACUUCACAUUCACCCCCUUCCGUCUCUUCCGCGUACAACAGCAAGUAAACGACAGCAUCGCCGACCGAGAUGGGUUCACCCGCGAACUAAGCCAGGAACUCUUCAUCACCGACGUACGCUCCGGCUCCACAGCCUCAGAAGCAGACCUCCUCGCCUCAACAAAAUCCGCAUUCCUGCGCCUCUGGCCUUCUCGCAAGCAAUCCACAAGUGGAACAACCCAUUCACAGGAGUCUCUAUUUGACAAAACUACUUAUGCUCUGGGCGAUAUCACCGUGCAGAAAGAAGUUCGCGUUGACGUCAGCCGACUCAACGAGAAUGCAGCUCACAAUCCAGUUGGCACGCAUAAUGCUGUUAUUGCCGCCGGCGAUGCAGUUAACACGCCUACCACAUACGUCGAUGAACUGUACAGUCUAUGUUACGAGCCUGGAAUCCGACUCCGGCCGAAUUCGACAUUGCAGCACACGAAGCACAAAUCCGAAACAUGA